AUGUCACAUGACUGAAGAAAAUUUGAGAAAUGCCGACGAUAAUCUAUCUUUUCGCUUUAUUAAUUAUUAACAAUGCUGCUGCAUCAGGAAUGUUGUACCCGAGGUUUUCAGAAACUCGAACUAUAAUUGAAAUUAAUGGCAUGUGGAAAUUUAGAGCUGACAUGUCUCCUACAAGAAACGAAGGUUUCUUGAAAAAGUGGUAUACACAACCACUGUCACAGACAGGAGAUGUGAUUCCUAUGCCAGUACCAGCAAGUUACAAUGAUAUAACACAGGAUAGAAAGUUGAGAGAUUUUAUUGGUUGGGUUUGGUACGAGACCGAGUUCUUUGUUCCAGUAGAAUGGCAACAGAAACGUGUUGUUUUAAGAUUUGAUAGUGCUCAUUAUAACACUGUUGUGUGGGUAAAUUCUAAAGAGGUUUUAAGUCAUGUUGGAGGCCAUCUUCCUUUUGAAGUUCAACUCAAUUCCUCAUUGAAUAUUAAUGGAGUGAACAGACUUACUGUAUCAGUUAACAAUACUCUAACACCGAGCACUCUGCCUCCAGGGACAAUCCAUUAUAUGAAAGAUACAAACAGAUAUCCAGCAGGCUAUUUUGUUCAAGACAUCCCUUUUGAUUUCUUCAACUAUGCUGGUAUUCAUCGCUCUGUCAAACUGUAUACAACACCAAAUGUUUUUAUUGAUGAUAUCACCAUAGUAACAGAUGUAAAGGGAUCUGAUGGUAUUGUGAAUUAUUCAAUUACUGGAGGAGGACCAUCAAAUGACACCACCAUUACAGUCGAAGUUCUUGAUGCAGAUGGCAUUCCUGUUGCUACUAGUAUUAAACAGAAUGGACGGAUGAUUAUACGCAAUGUUAAUCUGUGGUGGCCAUUUGGUAUGAGUAAAAAGCCCACUGCUUAUAUGUAUACAUUAAAGGUGAUAUUGAAAUCUAGUGCUGGUAUAGAUGUAUACAGACAACCAUUUGGUGUAAGGACCGUCAAAGUCACAAGUACACAACUACUGAUAAACAACAAACCAUUUUAUUGUCAUGGUGUACCAAAACAUGAAGAUUCUGAUAUAAGAGGUAAAGGACUAGAUUAUGCUCUUAUAGCUAAAGAUUUCAACUUACUGAAAUGGUUAGGAGCUACGUGUAUACGAACAUCACAUUACCCUUAUGCUGAGGAAAUCAUGGAUCAGUGUGAUCAACAAGGCAUUGCAGUUAUUGAUGAAAGUCCUGGUGUAGGAAUUACCUCUGUUCAUAAUUUUGGCAAUGCUUCACUGACACAUCAUUUAGAAGUAAUGAACGAGAUGGUUAGACGAGACAAGAAUAGACCAGCAGUCAUUAUCUGGUCUGUAGCUAACGAACCAUUAGUCACAGUACCACAGGCAGAGCAUUAUUUCAAAUCUGUUAUUAUGCAUACAAAGAAUUUAGACCCAACAAGACCGGUUACAUUUGUAGCAGCUGUUGGACCUAAUGGUGACUAUGCUACCAAGUAUGUAGAUAUAUUAUGUAUAAACAGAUAUUUUGCAUGGUAUUCAGACUGUGGCCAUACUGAACUUAUUCAAAAACAAGUGGAAUAUGAUAUGAAUAAAUGGCGGGAACAUCACAAUAUUCCAAUAAUAGUAACAGAAUAUGGAGCAGAUACUGUUGCAGGAUUACAUCAGAGUCCAUCCUUUGUGUUUACUGAAGAAUAUCAAGUAGAAUUUCUCUCUGAGUAUCAUGCAGCAUUUGACAAGCUGAGGAAGAAAUUCUUAGUUGGAGAAAUGGUCUGGAACUUUGCUGACUUUAUGACAAAGGAAGAUAUAACCAGAGUGGUAGGAAACAGAAAAGGACUGUUUACGAGGCAGAGACAACCCAAAAUGUCUGCACACUUGUUAAAGAAAAGAUAUGAAUCUAUAAUGAAUCAAACUAUAUCAGUAAUUCAUUAACAUUGUCAUAUUUUAGAACUGAAUUAUUGAAAGGAGCUCACAGGGUCCAUAACAUAUAUUGGUCAUUUGAUACUGAAGACUAAGAAUAAUAAUAAUAAAGUGUGUCCAUUGCUGUGGUUCAAUAUUAAAAUGAAAGGAAAUUUAAAGUCAUAGUUGUGUUCAAAGAUUACACAGCAAAUUACACAUUUAUUAAGAAAAAGAAUUGGGGCUGGUAUGUUUAUGGUACUAGAAAUUUCAGCUUACCUUGAAUAUUUUGAGAAUUCUGUUUUGAGGGAUUUUGAUAUAAUAUUGUAACCAAAGCUUAAAUUGUUUCAUUCAUUGCAAAAGCAUUUUGUUAUCAGGGUUAUUGUAUAAUGUAAACCAACUUAUUUUCACGGAAUCUUUAUUUCGCUUUUAGCCAUUGCUCUCCUACUUCGCGAUUUAAUUUCGCGAUUUUCAAAUAUAGUUGAUGUAGUUAAGUAGGAAAGAUCCAAGUUUAACGUAUUCACAGCGAUUUAUAUCCGCGUUAUUUUUCUUCUCGCGAAAGUCGCAAAAAAAUAAAUUGUACACGAAAAUUAGUUGGUUUACAGUAUGUCACAACAAUAUGAGAUCUCAGUAAUUCAUUUGGUAUAUUGGUUAUUAAAAUGUACUGUACUGAAUUCAAAUUAAUCAAUACUGCCUUAUCACAUGUUGUUGGCAAUUCAAACCAAUAAAUAUAGGUUUUAGUUGUGAAUUUAUAGUAACACAAAUUUUUUUUCUACAUGCUUGCAUUUAGAUAAUUAAAAUUUUGUAUUUUGGUAAAAGGAUAUAUUUAUAUGUUUAUGUUUUGUAGUUUUAGUGAAGGAUAUUGUUGGUGGAAGCUUGUAGCUUCAUAGAGGGUGUUUUGUUUUGUUUAGAUUUACAAUGUAAGCAUAAUAUUUAGGGGAAGGGUGUGGAAUUAUGAUCACAAUAAAAUCAAAUACUUAAAUUUGGUAUUUAUACAGAAUAAAAUGAAUUGUAAGAUAUUUUAAUUAGAAUAAGAUAUAAAUAUAUGAUUAGCCAUAAACAUAAGUUUUGAAAAGCUUGGUUUCCGAUAAAGUUUAGUCUUUGCUAUUUCAAGACAAUGUUAUUGACAUAUCCUGUACAUGAACUGUUACAAGUAUGAGUUUCCCUGGUGAGAAGUUAAAAAUCUGUCAAAUGUGCAUCCAAAAUAAACAAAUAUCUUCAAUAAUUAGGACCAUUGUAUUUUAGUAAUAUACACUGUGGUGUACUUUUGUAAAGGGGUUUUCAAUAUUUGGAAAAAUGUUUGCAUUGCUCAAUCUUUGUAAUGGUAUUAUUCAGACAUGAAUAUUAAUAACAAGAUAGUUGUCUCAUUGGUAAUCAUGCCACAUCUCCUUAUUUUUAUAAUGAAUAUUAAUAUAAAGUAAGUCUUGUUUUUUUUGUUUUUUUGUUUAUAUUAUACCCCACUCUACAAAGACUGGCUAUAUUGAAAACACCUUUGUCCAUCCCUCAUUUUGUCUUGAUGUUUUCUCUCAUAUAUAUAAUGUUUUUGUGAUUCCAACAGUUGUCUCCCAUAUCUAAUGUAUCUUGAGAUUUGCAAACAUUGUCUCUAAUAGGAUGGUUCCUCCUAUGGCAUUAACUUAAGUGUGUUAUAGUUCUAUUUUAAAUCACAUGUUAAGCUUUAGAAAGCUGGACUUGCAUUGUAAUUUAUCCAGAAUAUCAGAAUAUAUUAUUUUAAAUAGUCAAAUUGCAGAAACAUUCCAGGGUACUUUAUUUAAAUCUAAUUUGAGCCAUUAUUAAAAAAAAUAUAUAUUAUUUUGCAAUGUUAUAUGCAGGAUGACAAUUCUAAUAGUUUAUGAUGUUUACAUUUUAUAAAUAUUUAAAAAAAUAAGAUGUAAAAAAAAGGAAAAAGCUUAUAUGAAUAUAUCUUGCCAAAUAGGGCAUUACUCUUAUUGAAGUAUCAUAUUUUGUAAAUAGAAAAUAGAGAAAGUAAGUGAAUUUACUUAUUCAACAAUUGCCUGCAUUUUAUACAUGCAAAUUUUGUAUGAUGUCUCAUGUCAGCUUUGGACUGAAUCUCUGCAUUUUGCAACAAAUAUGGUAGUAGUCAUCAUUUUAAACAUUUGAUCAUUGAAAUGUAUUAAACAAAUAGACAACCGUAGACAAUUGCAGGAGAGAAUUACUGCAAAUAAAAAUUAGUUUAAUAAGAAUGCAUUUUGUCAUGUAAAAUUAGGAAAAAUUCUUUAAACAACUCCAUUUUGAAAAUGCACAACCUCAGUUAUAAGCAAACUCUGCGAAUUUCCAAAGAUCUUGGUUAAAAACACUUUGUUCCUAAAUCUGAAAAAAUGAGAAAAAAUUAUUUAAACAAAUCACAACAGUCUGAUUAAAAUCAAAUCUAUCAGCGCUCCCAUUUUCUAAACAUUAAUAGCAAGUAAGAGGUAUGACAACUUCAAUGUAUGUGCUUGCCCUACAUUACCAUUCUAUAAGCUGGUUUUGGACUUUGUCCAAUCCAGCCAAAACAUAGAUAAAUUCAAAUUAGAAUUAUUCUUCACAUGUGUGUUAAGUCUAUUAAACUUUCUCAUGUGCAUGAAUUUCAAUGGAAUAAAAUAAAGUGACUAUCUGUGUCAGAUAUUUAUAACUGCAAUACUGUAGAACUAAUUUCAGUUACACUAAAUGUUGCCUAGUGGGUAAAGACAAUAUUAAUAUUUUUGUGUUUUAAUUUGUUUAGUUUCUUUUGUUGUUCAACCCAUUUCUUUGUUGAUAACUAGUAUUGCUACUAUAUUUCUCAAUAUUGUUACUUUUAUAAAACAAAGGGCAGUAUUGGACAAAAUGUUUAUUAUUUUUUAUAUACAAAACAUUUUAUCAUAUUUUGUUAUCUCUAUAUUAUAUUUAGAAAAUAAACUUUGUCAUAUA